AUGUCUGGACUCGCCUUUCCUCCACUGCCCUCCGGCAGCGAGGAGAGCGACACCUCAGAAACCGACAGCAGCGUCGAGGAAACCAUGAAGGAGCUCCUCGACCGCGGAUACGUCAAGGCCUCAUGGCUCGACCGUCAGUUCUUCUUUUUCCUGGACAUGAAAGAAGAGCACGGACGCGAGCUCCUGAACAAUCUGAAAGAGUUCGCCGAGACGCGCGGGUACGACUGGGGCGAGAUGGCAAAGUUCGAGCACGAGAGACGCUCCUGCGCUCAGCUGUUCAUGAACGAGUACGGCAUGACGUAUUGGGGAUUUCCGGGCCGACAGAAGUAUCUCCGUCAGGAGUGCCUGGAUAAUGAGGAAAGCCUUUGUACUUAUCCGGCCAUGAGAGAGGAAAUCACCCGGACUCUUGUGAUUUUGCUCGAGCGUAAAUCCAAGGGCUACGCACACAAGGCGAAGCCAACCACUCAGACCCCUGCCUCCGAACCGAUGGCUAAGACGACUCCCCUCCCCGGAUCAAUCAACAAAGAGACGCCUGGAUCGUACGUUCCAAAGCACGCUGAUCGCAAAGGGAAAAGAAAGUCGGCCGCGAUGGCGGUGGAAGACGAGGAUUACGCCCAUGCCUCGGAAGAGCAACCAGUAUUCAAGACACCGCGCACCCGAGCCAUCACCAACGCGAUCAAGCCAUUCCAAGCAGAGCCUGCAGAAGCAAGGACCCCAGAAACCCCCAAACCCCUCGAAAUCAACAUCCCCAAACAAACCCACACCCAACCCUCCCCAGCCCCAAAGAAGAACAGCCUCGACAUCCGCUCCAAACCCAUCCCCACGCCCACCCCGGACAAAAAGGCCAAAGACACCACCACCAUCAAUAACAACACCCUCCACCGCUCCUCCAAAACCAAGUUCCUCGUCACCGCCAGCUCGCAGGAGAUGAUGGCCCCGGUGUGGCUUCCCUACGAGGAUUUCACUCGAGCGGAUGAUUUCGUGGACACCAUGGCGCAGCAAUACGGCCUGAUCGAAUGGAGUCCUGCGGCGCAGCUGAGAGAGAGUACCAUGUACCAUCACCUUGCCACUUCGGGCUCAGCAGCAGCAGCAGCAGCCGCCGCCGCCACCAUUGUAGCGGCGUCUGUCAAGUUCGGAUGGUCGGACUUCGAGACCCUCGUGCGUCGGGACAAGGAUCAGGAUUGGAAGUUUGUGAAGGCGGAGUUGAAGAAGGCGUGGAAGGCGGAGGGGGUGGAGUCGGGUUCGGGUUCGGGUUCGGGUUCGGGUGGUAUUUUCAAGAUCUAUGUCAAGCUUCAUGUUUCGUGA